AUGGACGAGUUCAUAGAGCUUCACCAUGGCAUGUCCGACGACACGCAGUUGGAGUACGCUCCGCGAGGCCCUGUCAUCGAAACGCACUCCGCCCAGGGACGUCUACGCGCGAGCAUUCUGCGUCGGAUCCUCAGCAGCCCUCACUUCCCCUACAUCGCCCCCUCCUCCAACAUCCUCGACAACAUCUGCGGGGCCGCGUCGCGCAUCGACCCAAGGUCCUCUCCGUCGACCCCUACCCCCUUCGCUGUCGAGCACGUCAACCAACGAUCGAAAAAACUGGACACCUUUGAGAACUGGCAGGCCCGAGACGAGCCAGAGCGGUACGAGGAGGAGGUUUUUGACAUUUCCGUGACGAUUCGACAGGAUACGUACUACGACGAGAACCAUCACAACAUGAAGCAGGUGUACGGGUCGCUCAAGCCAGGAGGCCACGCCGUCUUCUCCGUGUGCCCAACACUGUGCUACACGCUCGGCGACGCACCGCCGCCCUUCAACGUCAACGGCACGGACUGGAGCGCCAAUGUCAACGAGUGGUUCACCUUUGUCCAGCACAAGCCGUGCUGGCUGGAGAGGAUGGUGCUGUCGGCCGUGCCCGAGUUUCGACACUGGGAGCUGUACACGGUCGACAAGAUCAUGCUCGAGCCAAUAUGCGUGAGCGACUGGGUCGAUGAAUGCACGGCGAAUCAGGCCAAGUUGUUCCAGACGUGGGCGCCGGUCCAGCAGACCAUGUUCAGGGCGGCGCUGAGGGAAUCCAUGGAGGGGAUGCUGGGAGGACGGCGCAAGGGGCGGUUCUCUCUCGAGACGCCGUUCAUGGUCUGUGUCAAAUGA